CCCAAACAACUCUUAUCAAUCUUCUCGCUCACACACACCCUCAUUCCACCAAAUAUGAUACUCCUACUUCUACUAAGAAAUGUUCUUACAGAGACUAUCUCUAUUUACCGAACUUUACUUGAUUUAAUGCCAGGUCUCCUCAUGGUAUUCUAUAUUCUAAUACGUAAGACUCUUCACCUCAUUGAUAUUCUAGUCCCCCUCCUCGGUGCUUUUUGGUAUAUUUGGUAUGCGCUCGUGUUGUGUAAGCAUCGAGUGAUUCCGUAUCUUCAGUCUUUCCCAAUGCUUCGGACAUUGAAAAUCUGGUCGCAAGUGAUGAAUCAAUCGGGGACCAAGGUAGCUUAGCGAGAGAGCUGCAGGAAGAGCCAAAGUCGUAAUUUGGAACGUGGACGAGUACGUCAAGUUUGAUCUCUUCUAUAAUACCAAGGAAUAAGUUUCUUAU